AUGGACGACGAUGUUUUAUCACCAGCUACCAUGAUGGGAGCUCAACCUGAUUCCGCUACGGAUUUAGACUUCAUGGAUGAACUGUUCUUAGAGGGAUGCUGGUUGGAAACCACAGAUGGACCUGAAUUUCCUAAUCAAAGCCACGCCAAUUCUGGUGCCCAUUUAAACCCCUCAGUUUUUUGGCAUACGUUGGAGGCGAAUGGCAAUUUGACCAUGAACCCAUCUGAAAACAGUAAUCAAGAAGUGAUACAAACACCAUUCUUCAAACAACUCCAUGAAGGUCCUGUGAAUCCUCAGUUUCCGAGCCAGAAUAUGAUAGAUGUUGAUGGGUACUCUGGUCACUCAGCAGAUCCUACAAUUAAAAGUUAUGAAUUGAACAGAAGGUGGUGGAUUGGUCCCAUAGGAAAUCAAGGUCCUGCAUCAUCUGUGAUGGAGAGACUAACGAGGGCUCUUGUGUGCAUUCGAGAUGUCAUGAGAGACAAAAAUGUUCUUGUACAAGUAUGGGUGCCUGUAAAUAAAGGGGGUAGAAAUGUUUUAACUACUAAUGAUGACCUUUUCUCGCUUGAUUCUAACUGUCCCAGGCUUUCCAAAUAUCGAGACAUCUCUGUUAAUUAUCAAUUCUCAACUGGAGAGGAUUCUACGGAGUUGGUUAAGGGGUUGCCCGGCCGGGUUUUCUCAGGUCAGGUUCCUGAGUGGACUCCUGAUGUUCGAUUCUUCAGAAAAGAUGAGUACCCACGGGUUGACCAUGCUCAACAUUAUGAUGUACGUGGAACUCUAGCUCUUCCUAUCUUUGAACAAGGUAGUAGGACUUGCUUGGGUGUGAUUGAGGUUGUUACAACCACCCAAAAGAUAAAGUAUCAACUUGAGCUUGAAAGUGUUUGCAAGGCACUUGAGGCUGUUAAUCUUCAAAGUUCUAGAAAUUGGAGUACUCAAAACAUAAAGGGGUGUGUCAAGCCCUAUCAAGCUGCAUUACCUGAGAUCCAAGAGGUCUUGAGAUCUGCAUGCGAGACACACAAAUUGCCUUUGGCACAAACUUGGGUGUCAUGCAUCCAACAAGGCAAAGAUGGGUGCAGACAUUCUGAUGAAAACUACGUUCACUGCGUUUCAACUGUGGAUCAUGCUUUCCAUGUGACUGAUCCUUAUAUCGAGAGAUUUCAUGAAGCUUGCUCUGAGCAUCAUUUGUUAAAAGGCCAAGGCAUUGUUGGGAAAGCUUUUAUGACCAAUCAACCAUGCUUCUCAGAUGACAUAACCUCCUGUGUUAAGACAGAGUAUCCUCUAUCUCACCAUGCCAGGAUGUUCGGAUUGCAUGCAGCUGUUGCAAUACGUCUAAGGAGCAUGAAAACUGGUUCAACUGAUUUUGUUCUGGAGUUCUUCUUGCCAGUGGAGUGCAGGGAUCCAGAAGAACAGAAAAAGAUGCUAAAUUCACUGUCCAUAAUUAUACAACAGAUUUGCCGGAGCUUACGGGUUGUCACAGACAAGGAACUAGAGGAGGAAUCUGAUUUUCCUGUCAGUGAGAUGAUAGUCUCUUCGGAUCCCAGACCUAGUGGUAUUGCCAGUUUCACAGAGGUCCAACUGAGUGGUAAUGAUGUCUCAAUAUUCCCAAUGGAAAAUCCAAGGGAGGUGCUUGAUGUGAAAUCCUCAAAGUUAAGGCAACAUCAACCAGAUUCGAACCUAAAGGUUGGUGUCAAGUGUGGGAGAGAGUGUUCUGCUUUGGGCGAGGGUAGCUUCUCAAGUGUUGGUGUGAGCAAGACAAGAGAGAAAAGACGUACUAAGGCAGAAAAAGCCAUCACCUUGGAAGUUCUUAGAAAAUAUUUUUCCGGCAGCCUAAAAGAUGCUGCAAAUAGCAUUGGAGUUUGCUCCACAACCUUGAAAAGGAUAUGCAGACAACACGGGAUUAAACGUUGGCCAUCUCGAAAAAUUAAGAAGGUUGGUCACUCUUUACAGAAACUCCAACUUGUAAUUGACUCAGUCGAAGGUGCAUCUGGGGCUUUCCAAAUCAACUCUUUCUACACAAACUUCCCAGAGUUAACAUCUCCGAAUUUAUCGGGGACAAGCCCAUUUUCAACCUCAAAGCUGAGUGAUCAGCCAAAGCCAACAAACUUGUCACCUGAAGGUGGUGUUGUCAGCCCCCAGGCUACUGCAUCAAAAUCACCCUCAUCUUCAUGCAGUCAGAGUUCCAGUUCAAGCCAAUGCUGUUCCAGCAGGACACAGCAACAUCGCCCCACAUGUAAUGUCACUGGUGGUGAUGAUCCAAUUGUUGGAGAUAACUCUGGCGAUGGUGUGCUAAAGAGGGUCAGAAGUGAAGCAGAGUUGCAUGCCUUUAGUCAAGAUCGAACACAGCUACUACCGAGAUCCCAGAGCCAUAAAAUUCUCAACGAGCUGCAAAAAUUGCAGCCUAUUCCACCUUCACUGAAGAAUAAUGGGGUAGCUCAAGAAGGGGAGGUUCAAAGAGUAAAAGUCGCAUACGGAGAUGAGAAAACCCGGUUUCGCAUGCAAAAUGAUUGGAGAUAUGAAGAUUUGGUGCAAGAAAUCGCAAAGCGAUUUAGUAUAGAAGACAUGAGUAAAUUUUAUAUCAAAUACUUGGAUGAUGACUCAGAGUGGGUCUUAUUAACAUGUGAUGCUGAUUUAGAAGAGUGUAUUGAUGUAUGCAGAUCGUCACAGAGCAAUACAAUUAAGCUCUCUCUCCAUCUUUCUCGUCAUCAUUUGGAAAGGUUUAUAGGGAGGGAUGUUGAAGCCUCCGCUGUUGGAGUAUGA